AUGAGCUGCUCGUGCCGCGCCGUCCCGUGGCGGACGUUUGCGCGUGGCCUCGCCCAGAUUCACCGACCCGACGCUCCUCCAGCCGUGCAGUUUCGAUGGCCGGCCCGUCCUCUGGUGGUCUUGGGGCAGAAUCGUGGGUUGCAUGCUUCGGGGCUUCGGAGGCAGGAUGGAGCGGCGACGGCGGUGGGCACAAAGAAGAGUGGAGAGGAGGGAUCUCGGGGUGCGAUUGUCGAGGAUGCGCAGCCAAACACCGCGAAGGCACUGGACGAGAUGGCGUCGAGUAUAGACGCUGAGGCGGAUUCGCAACCGGUCGAGAGGAAGCGGACGAGGAGGGAUGGAGGGAGCAAGAGGAGAUUUGCUGCUGCUGAUGGAGAGGAGGGCUCAAAGAAUACGACGUCAAGGGCAAAGACGGGACGAAAAGUCAGGCCAAACUCUGCCGAAACCCAGCCGACAGAUUCGACUGAACAGUUGUCAAAGCCAAGAUCCAGGAACCAAGAGCCGUGGCAGCUCCAGAAAGCAGCGCUUAAAGAGAAAUUCCCAGAGGGAUGGCAGCCGCGCAAACGACUCUCGCCAGACGCCCUGGCUGGGAUCCGGGCUCUCAACGCACAGUUCCCCGAUGUUUACACCACGGAUGCGCUGGCAGACAAGUUCCAGGUGUCGCGCGAGGCGAUUCGACGAAUCCUCAAGAGCAACUGGAGGCCGUCGGUCGGCGAAGAAGAGGAUCGCCAGCAGCGCUGGUUCAAGAGAGGCAAGCAGGUGUGGGAGCAGAAGGCGGCGCUGGGGAUCAAGCCGCCGCAGAGGUGGCGGAUGGAGGGCAUCGCGCGAGAUCCGGGCUAUCACGAGUGGAGCAAGAAGGCGUCGCAGCGCGAGAAGGAGUGGGAGGAGGAGGAGAUUCGCAAGUAUCGGGCGUAUCGGGAGAAGAUGAAGAAGAAGGCGGAGGGGAAGACCAAGUUGUGA